AUGGUCUUGGCGUCUACCGCCUCCGCCGUGCCCGGGCGUCUCCCUUCACCUAGCUGGCACGGCAACUACAGCCAGGAGGCGCCAUUGGAUGCCCGGGACCCGCUGCUGGCCCAGGCAGAGCUAGCCCUGCUCGCCACGGUCUUUGUGGCCGUGGCCCUGAGCAAUGGCCUGGUGUUGGGGGCCCUAGUGCGGCGGGGCCGGCGGGGCCGCUGGGCGCCCAUGCAUGUCUUCAUCGGCCACUUGUGCCUGGCCGACCUGGCCGUUGCUCUGUUCCAAGUGCUGCCCCAGCUGGCCUGGGACGCCACUGACCGCUUCCGUGGGCCCGAUGCCCUGUGUCGGGCUGUCAAGUACUUGCAGAUGGUAGGCAUGUAUGCCUCCUCCUACAUGAUCCUAGCCAUGACGCUGGACCGCCACCGCGCCAUCUGCCGCCCCAUGCUGGCAUACCGCCACGGAGGUGGGGCUCACUGGAACCGACCAGUGCUGGUGGCCUGGGCCUGCUCGCUCCUUCUCAGCCUGCCCCAGCUCUUCAUCUUUGCCCAGCGCGAUGUGGGAGAUGGCAGUGGGGACCUCGACUGCUGGGCCCACUUUGCAGAGCCCUGGGGACUUCGCGCCUACGUCACCUGGAUCGCUCUGAUGGUGUUUGUGGCGCCUGCCCUGGGUAUCGCUGCCUGCCAGGUGCUCAUCUUCCGGGAGAUCCAUGCCAGUCUGGUGCCAGGGCCAUCACAGAGGGCUGGGGGGCACCGCAGAGGGCGCCGGACAGGAAGGCCCAGUGAGGGAGCCCAGGUGUCAGCAGCCAUGGCCAAGACCGUCAGGAUGACGCUGGUGAUUGUGAUCGUCUAUGUGCUGUGCUGGGCGCCCUUCUUUCUUGUGCAGCUGUGGGCAGCGUGGGACCCGGAGGCACCUCGGGAAGGGCCCCCCUUCGUGCUGCUCAUGCUGCUGGCCAGCCUCAACAGCUGCACCAACCCCUGGAUCUACGCCUCCUUCAGCAGCAGCAUCUCCUCGGAGCUGCGCGGCUUGCUCUGCUGGGCCCGGAGGCACGUCCCCGCCAGCCUGGGGCCCCAAGAUGAGUCCUGCGCCACUGCCAGUUCCUCCCUAGCCAAGGACACCUCCUCGUGAGGAGCUGGUGGGCACCUUCCUU